AUGGGGAUUAAAACAUCUAAACCAAACGUUAUUUUCACUAAUAUAAACACUGGUGUACCACCCGAUAUACUUGGCUCUGAAGUUCAGAGGAGGAAACAAAAUGGAGAAGAAAUAACAUUAGUUUGGCUAGAUGAACAUAAAAUUGAUCAUUCAUCAAAUGGCAAUGAAAUAAUUCUCAGAAAACAAAUACUUCGACAAAUUAAUGAUUAUUGUAAAUUUUAUGAUGAACAAAAUUCAUGCGUGGAAUAUAUUUACUCAAUUAAAAAUGAAAAAGUAUUUCUUGUCAUUCCGGGCUCAUGUGCAAACGAUAUUUUGAUAAGAGUUCAUGAUUUAGAGCAAGUAGAUUCCGUAUUUAUAUUUUGUAUGGAACGUAACAAAUAUUUACUGUUAAUGAAUGAUUAUUCAAAAGUAGUUGGUAUUUAUACUAAGCAAAACGAUCUCAUAGAAAACAUUCAAAAAACUGUCAAAUUGGUUGAAAAACAAUUGAUUACAUUGAAUUUGUACGAUCAAAAACAGAAAUCUACAAGAGAUUUAACAACCGAAUCAGGUUCAUUUUUAUUUUUUCAACUAUUCAAAGAUGUUUUAUUAAACAUGCUACAAACACCAGCAUCUAAACGAGAAAUGAUUGAUAAAUGUCGGGAAUAUUAUCGUGGUAAUAAAAAAGAACUAGAAAACAUUGAACUAUUUAAUUUGAAAUACAAAACAAAUGAAGCAAUACAAUGGUAUACUAAAAAUUGUUUUAUUUAUAAGCUUGUCAACAAAGCCCUUCGAACAGAGGAUAUUGAAGAAUUGUUUAUAUACCGUUUUUUUAUCGUUGAUCUAAGUUCGAAUUUAAUGAAAAAAUACAAAGAUCUAAAAAAGACCCAUAAAGAACAGACAGUUAUUUAUUUGUAUCGUGGAGCUGAUUUGCCAAGCGAUGAAUUGAAUAGAUUAAAAGUUAACAUUGGAAAUCUUAUAUCAACAAACGGUUUUUUAUCAACAAGUAGAUGUCGAAAUGUUGCUCUUAUGUUCGCGAGUAAUGUUAUAUUUGAAAUUGAAACCGAUAUUCGAUUGAAAACAGUUAUUUGUGCUGACAUAGCUGAUAUUAGUAGUAUGUCAGAUGAACAAGAGGUACUGUUUGAUUUAGGUAAGUUAAAAACGCUUCUUAUUUUUCAUCAUCUUCAGAACUAGGAACAAGUUUCGAAAAAACAUUUAGCGACCAAUUUUGUAGCUGUAACGGAAAUUGACCGAUCAUGAGUUUAUUUCUGACACAAAUUAACUACAACGUGACUGUACACAUUUGAAAGUGAGUAGAAGUGGUGAAUCGGAUCCAAAGAAAAAGAGUUCAGGAAAAUGUACAGUAAAAGCUAGAAACUUAGUGAAGCGAGACAAGAGAUUAUGAACUGUGGAAGGAAUGGAUAUAUAAGAUAUUCGAUGAGAAGAAAUAAUGGAUGCAUACAAUGAGAGAAAUCGCUAAAGAAGAGAAGAGAAAAGGAUGGGAAGUCAAUGAGAAGAAUGGAUAUAUUCUUCACAGUAGCUUGAAGUAUCCUCUACAAAGUGUACAAUUUGUUGCAAAUUAAAAGAAUAGCAUUAUGCGCUCAAUGAGCAUCAGUAGGGUUAAUUUUUUCAACGUAUCCAGAGUGAAGAAAACCCUUCGACUCUUUCUAAAAAACACCUUAGUUUUUUGUUUAAAGCUUUAUUAAAAAGAAAAAUCUGAGCACAAAGGGUUCAAAGAAACCCACUUUAGCACUAUACACAGAAACACAUACAUGUAAACAUAAGAGCCUAAAACAUAACAAGAAAAGAAAAAAUCAGGAAAAAAGAAAGAAAAAAGAAUCCUCAUCUUAUCCUUAAAGAGAUGUUACACUUGCGCUGUUGGUUACAAUGGUUUUAUUGGACCUAAUGAUGCUCAAAGUAGAACUGCAGCUCAAUUUACUCUCAUCACAUUUAACAACCACUCGAUCGAACUUACUGUUGAUACGUGACAGAUGGGAAUCCAGGCUGUUUAAAGCGAUUAACCGUAGAUAUGAAUUUUAAAACAGAGUGAUAUAUCUGUAUCAUAUCUUCAUAUUUCAUAGAGUCAUAUAGCAUAAGUAAUGACAUUGUUAUAGUUGCCGUAGGCAUUACGUCAACAAUCUCAGAGAAUAGCAGUUUUCGUUGGUUUUUUGUAUAAAGGACAAUGGAGGAAAAAGUGUUCAAGUGUCUCAUUUGCACCAUAUACACAGUACGGGUCAGCGGUGAGAUUACUAAUGUACAGAUCAUGUCUUAGCUGAGUUCGAUCAACUCGACAUCGACAAAAAUGAAUUUCAUCUAAGCGAUUAUUUGCAAUGGGAAGCCUUUUCUUGACCGUUGUUUUAAUUUUCUUUUUAAAAGAGUUCAACUUCGUUAUACUUCGUGUACUAAACGGUAAUUCUUGCCAAUCAAUACGAGCUUGGUAAAAAAAAGAUUCUCUAAACAUUUUUAUUCUGGGAGAUGGCUGCCAGUGCUGAUCAUUUUGCUGACUACGAGUAUUAUAGUUAUGAGUGGGAACUGAAUUGUUCGUUGAAGAGGAUAUUAAGUCAAACAAAUAAUUAGGUGACUUAGUCACUAAUAUUGUAUGAUAUGUAAUAAUUCUACUUCGAUGAAAGCACUCCUUCAUAGACUCCCAGCCGAUGUCCUUCAAGACCUUCUGAUUACUACUACCUUCAUAGCUCCUGUUACUGCUAACGCCGCAUGAUACCGCAGCUUUUGAAUACGCUCAAUAUUGGAAUCGGAUGUGUUACCAUAUAUGAUACUACCGUAAUUAAAACAGGGCAUGAUGAAGGACUUAUAAACCACGUCAAGUGCCUGACGACAUAGAAUUCUACUGCAAAGUUUUAAUAACCCAAUUAGUUUGUUCACUUUUUGCACCAGAUAGUCAAUAUGUUUAGUCCAGUUCAAUUUCGGUGUUAAUAUUAACCCUAGGUGUUUAUGCGACUGAACAUAACUGAGCACUGUUGCUCCAAUUUGAAGUGUAGAUAGCAUUUGCGGAGGUUUUAUUAAUGUGAAUAACAUUGAUACGCAUUUAUCUGGAUUCAAGGGUAGUUUCCAGUUAAUAGACCAUUUAUACACUUUGUCAAGGUCACCAUUUAACUGAUUAGCUAUUUGCAGCAGAUUAUUGCCUAUCAUAUGCAGUGAUGCAUCAUCAGCAAACAAUUUGGUAACACUUAUUAGGUCAUCACAUUAGUCGUCAAUGUACACUAGAAAACGUAAGGGACCUAAGACAGAUCCAAGUGCCUCGGUCUAUAGUGUCUCGGAUCAUGCCGAUCGCCAGAUUUAAAGAGGGCAUUGAAUAAAUAAGUUAAAAUAUUGGAUACAGUCCAUGAUGCUUCUUUUAACAUUCUCGGCGAUAUGCCAGGAGUUGAAGCUUUAGAACAAUCUAUCCUUUUUAAUGAUUCCAAAACUUCAGGUUCAGAAAUUCGAAAAACUGACAUCAUAGUCUUACUAGUCUUAAUUGGUUUGGGUAUGUCAUCAACCAUCUCACUGUUCAUCGUACACAUAGAAGCAAAAUAGUCGUUUAGAACAUCAGCUUUCUCAUUGGGUUCACUUACAAGUUUGCCAGAGGAAUUGAUGAUUUACUAGUACGGCCUAAAGAAUGCUUGAGAAGUGUCCACCAUCUCUUUGAUUUUGUACUUAUAUCAACAGAUAUUUGCGUAUGAUAGUGAUUUUUUGUUGUAUUGCAUUCCUUUUCAAACGACCUAGAUAUUUCUUUAUAAGAAAGAAAAUUUUUAUCAUUUUUGUUUCGUUGAUAUCGAUAAAACGCUUUAUUUUUAUCACAGCAUCAAACGCAACUUUUCAUUAAACCCUAGUUGAAGUAGUGCCGAUUUAUUGGCAAAUUGAUAUAUGUGCGAGCCUGCUGAAGUAGUUUCUUUGGUUGAGUUGGGGUGCCAUAACUUACAAUGACCAUUAAAGUCAUCCAUGAAGAUUAAAUCACUAAAAUGAUAACUAGUACCAGUUCGCACUUCAUCAUUAACAUCUUCGAGAUGAUUAGUAAAUGAGUCGACAUCAACCCACUUAAGGGCACCCCCCCCCUUUCCGGCGUUUUUGGAGAACGGUACAUCAGAAAAUUUUGAAACUCUCUUGGCAGAUAGAUCUAGAGGAGUAGAGCAAAUGUCUUGCUAGACUUAGAAUUCUCAGAUGCUGUCUUCAGUAAGAUUUUAGGGUCUCAAGGUGUAACAACGUCUCCCCUUUUCGCCCCCGUUUCUCCGC